CACUAUCGAAAUUUUUCAAAACUCCCUUAAAUAUAUUCAUGAAUCUACUCAAAAUGUAGUAACAAUUGAUAGUGAUAAUUUAAAGAAAGAAAUUUCUAAUGCUAAAUUUUAUGAAAAUGGUACUGAAAUAGUUAGACCUAUCUUGUCCGAAAUUCAAGAAUUUCCUACAAUUGAAGUUUAUAAUGGUGAUUGUUUAAGUUAUGCGUUAGAUAUAAAGAAAAAUUUGGGUUUAAAUCCUGUCGUACUUAAUAUGGCUAAUGAUCAAGUUCCUGGUGGCAAUUAUCUUUAUGGCGCUGGUGCUCAAGAAGAGAACUUAUUUCGUCGUACUAAUCUUUUUCAAUAUCAUGAAACAAACCGUAAUGAAUGGUAUCCUAUCCCUGAUGCCGGUGGAAUUUAUUGUCCAAAUGCUACUGUAAUUCGAGCAAGUGAACAAGAAAAUUAUAUUCUUUUGGAUGUCCCGGAAAAGAUGUCCUUUGUGGCUGUGGCUGCCUUGUGUCAACCGAUUCUUGUAAAAGAUUCUGAUGAUAAUGUCACUUUGAAUGAGGAAGAUAAGGAGCUAACGCGACAAAAAAUUCGUUCAAUAUUGAAUAUUGGAUUAGACAAUGGCCAUGACAGUAUAGUUCUUUCGGCAUUUGGUUGUGGUGCUUUUUCUAAUCCUCCCUCAACUAUAGCUCAACUAUUUUAUGAAAUAAUCUUCAAGGAAUAUGCUGGUGGUGCUGAAAAUUUACCAAAAACUUAUCGUCAUAUUGGCUUUGCUAUUUUUGAUGACACAAAUGCAUCACAAUGGGGAGGUGGUGAAGGUAAUUUUUUACCUUUUAAAAAAUUAUUUGCAAACAAACUGCAUUCUAGUCAAUUGUAA